AUGGAAGAGCAGGCAGUGUCCAACAGUAGUCCCCAGCAUGGCCGAGGCCUGGUCAGGCAGAACGUCAUCAGGUGUGGCUGGCUGAGGAAGCAGGGAGGCUUUGUGAAGACUUGGCACACACGCUGGUUCGUACUUCGAGGGGAACAGCUACACUAUUACAAAGACGAGGAGGAGAAUAAAGCCCUGGGGACCAUUCUGUUACCUGGAAACAGAGUCACUGAGCAUCCCAGCAAUGGUGACGAGGGGGGGAAAUUCCUGUUUGAGGUCUCUGCAGGAGGAGACAGGGAGCGGAUGACAGCGAAUCAUGAGACAUACCUUCUUAUGGCCAGCACCCAGAAUGACAUGGAGGAUUGGGUGAAGACCAUACGCAGGGUCAUAUGGGCCCCAUUUGGUGGAGGUAUCUUUGGUCAGAAGCUGGAGGAGACGGUGCGGUACGAGAGGCGUUAUGGGAGCAGGCAAGCCCCCAUGCUGGUGGAGCAGUGUGUGGGCUUUAUACGCAAGUGGGGCCUACGGGAAGAAGGCCUGUUCAGGCUACCAGGGCAGGCCAACUUGGUCAAAGAGCUGCAGGAUGCCUUUGACUGCGGAGAGAAGCCCUCCUUCGACUGUAAUACAGAUGUUCAUACAGUAGCCUCUCUACUAAAGCUGUAUCUCAGAGAGCUACCAGAACCAGUCAUCCCCUUCUCCAAGUUUGAUGACUUCCUCUCCUGCACCAAAAUGCUCUGCAAGGAUGAGGAAUCUGGAAUGAAGGAACUGAAAAGACAAGUGGAAUGUCUACCUCCAGUCAACUACAAUCUGCUUCAGUACAUAUGCAGAUUUUUAGAUGAAGUCCAGUCCUAUUCAGGUGUGAAUAAAAUGAGUGUCCAGAACCUGGCCACGGUCUUUGGUCCAAAUAUACUACGGCCAAAGAUUGAAGACCCUGUAGCAAUCAUGGAAGGUACAGUGCUAGUGCAGCAGCUGAUGUCUGUUCUGAUUGGUCGUCACAACGUGUUGUUCCCUAGAGACGAGGACAGUCCCAAGACACUGGAGCUGGUCAACAACAACAAUGAGGUCCAGAAGAGGCUGACCCAGAUUGUGCCCACGGUACAGACUACAGAACAGAACAACAAUACCCAAAUACCCCAGCAGAGGGUGAAACAGUGUUCUUGGGAGACCCCCGAGUCGCCUCACCGCCAGCCCCCGGUAACGUUAGACAACAACGGCUCCGGUUCUCCUCGCUCAGCCAGCCCACUUAACGGCCAUGUUACCGGGCGCUUUGACCUGGCCCGCAGCCCGCCGUUAACCGUUAAGAAGAACCCGGCGGUCUCCAAGGGCAGCGGCGUGGUCACCAACGGCUCGUUUAGUUGUUCCCCCUCUGGAGACGCAGCCAACCAGGAGAAGAGCCAGACUCUGCCCGGAGGCAUCAGCGGCCUCCAGGCCCGGCGCACCCUGAAGGGCUCGGGCACCAAGAUGGGCACCAGCGGGGUCCCUAACGGAGGUGUCCGCAUGGGCGUGUCAAGUACCGACGUGGUCAACGGUACCCUGAACGGGCGUAAUGGUCUGUGGGUUCCCAAUGGCUACCCGGUCACCUUACGAGACAGCAAGUCUCGGGACUGUGGGGAGCAGACGGCAGCCCAGAACCGGCUGUCCACCUAUGACAACGUCCAGCAACAACAACAACAACAACAACAACAGUUACAAAAUCAACAACAGCCGUGUCUCAGCUCUAGCUGUGAGGACAAGCAGAGUGUGGACAGUGCUACCUGGUCCACCUCCUCCUGUGAGAUCUCUCUUCCAGACAACUCCACGUCCUGCCGUUCCUCCACCACCACCUGCCCAGAACAGGACUUCUACGGUGGGCUGGGCCACUACCAGGACCCCCUGCUGCUGCUGGAUGGACCUAGGGGGCUGUCCUCCCUCGACGAGCAGCCCCAGCCAGGGGGGGAUGUGGAGGGGGAGCGGAGGAACGGUGCUGGAGGUAGUGGAGGGAGGGGUAGUGGAGCCACCAGCAGCAGUGAUAACAGUGAGACGUUCCCUGUCAAUAAAGGACCCAGUAGUCACAGUGCUCUACACAGCCUGGUGGCCAGCCUGAAACAGGAGAUGCAGAAGCAGAAGACAGAGUACGAGGCCAGGAUAACAAGCCUGGAGCACAGUAACCUGGAGUUGGAGACUGAGAUGGGGACUCUUCACGAGGAGCUGAACCAAGAGAAGAAGAAGGUCACCAUGGUGGAGAUCAAGUUUCGUAACGCAGAGCGAGCCAAGGAUGACGCAGAGAAGAGGAACGAGAUGCUGCAGAAAGAGAUGGAACAGUUCUUCUCUACCUUCGGAGAUCUGACCGACGACCCGCGCAGGCCCGACCGGGCCAAUACCAUCUGGAUCCAGUGAGGGGUUGUGUCAGUGCAGGGUGGACUGUGCCAUUUGAAUCGAAUGAGAGGGGGUGGGACUUGACAAUGACUUGGAGACAUAUUGAAAGGGACAUUACCGUCUGGAUCUAGUGAGGGGGGUGUGUACCACCUGGGGGUGAGAGAAAGUGGGAGAAUGUACUAAGGAGAAACUUUGACAGACUGCACCACCUGAAUCUAGUGCGAGGGGGUGUCACAGUACACGGUGGAAUGUGCCAUUUUAAUCUAGUGCGAGGGGGUGUGGCAGUGCAGGGUGGACUGUGCCAUUUUAAUCUAUUGAGAGGGUGUGUGGCAGUGCAGGGUGGACUGUGCCAUUUUAAUCUAGUGAGAGGGUGUGUGGCAGUGCAGGGUGGACUAUUCCAUUUUAAUCUAUUGAGAGAGGGUGUGGAGGUGCAGGGUGGACUGUUCCAUUUUAGUCUAGUGAGAGGGUGUGUGGCAGUGCAGGGUGGACUGUUCCAUUUUAGUCUAGUGAGAGGGGGUGUGGCAGUGCAGGGUGGACUGUUCCAUUUUAGUCUAGUGAGAGGGGUUUUGGCAGUGCAGGGUGGACUGUGCCAUUUUAGUCUAGUGAGAGGCGAUGGGAGUAUGUACUAAGGCAGGUUUUCCCAAACUUGGUCCCUUGGACCCACGUGGCACACAUUUUGGUUUUUGCCCUAGUACUACACAGCUGAUUGAAAUAAUAAACUAGUAAUCAACCUUUUAUAUCAAAAACCAAAACGUGCGCGUGUGGUCCCCAGGACUGAGUUUGGGUAACCCUGUACUGAGGAGUAGAAAAAACCAUUGAGAGGGACAAUACCGUCUGAAAGCAAGAGACAAUAUGGAUACAGGGUGCAUGUCGCUGGACCUCAACCAUGCUGACUGACUGUGGCAAUAUUACUGAAGACGCCAGGCGGCUGGUUAUCUGCCUGACACAGACUAUGCCCAGCCUAUACAUGGACUACUGAAAGACUACACUACCCAUAAAACCAUUCUUCUUCACCAUUUUCCUUCAAGAUCCAAUCAAGUAUAUAAUCAACCCUGUUCCAUGUUAUCAUGUAUCUGGCUGUGUAGAUAGAGGACCAUGUUAUCAUGUAUCUGUCUGUGUAGAUAGAGGGCCAUGUUAUCAUGUACCUGUCUGUGUAGAUAGAGGACCAUGUUAUCAUGUACCUGUCUGUGUAGAUAGAGGACCAUGUUAUCAUGUACCUGUCUGUGUAGAUAGAGGACCAUGUUAUCAUGUAUCUGUCUGUGUAGAUAGAGGACCAUGUUAUCAUGUACCUGUCUGUGUAGAUAGAGGACCAUGUUAUCAUGUAUCUGUCUGUGUAGAUAGAGGACCAUGUUAUCAUGUAUCUGUCUGUGUAGAUAGAGGACCAUGUUAUCAUGUAUCUGUCUGUGUAGAUAGAGGACCAUGUUAUCAUGUAUCUGUCUGUGUAGAUAGAGGACCAUGUUAUCAUGUAUCUGUCUGUAGAUAGAGGACCAUGUUAUCAUGUACCUGUCUGUGUAGAUAGAGGACCAUGUUAUCAUGUACCUGUCUGUGUAGAUAGAGGACCAUGUUAUCAUGUACCUGUCUGUGUAGAUAGAGGACCAUGUUAUCAUGUAUCUGUCUGUGUAGAUAGAGGACCAUGUUAUCAUGUACCUGUCUGUGUAGAUAGAGGACCAUGUUAUCAUGUAUCUGUCUGUGUAGAUAGAGGACCAUGUUAUCAUGUAUCUGUCUGUGUAGAUAGAGGACCAUGUUAUCAUGUAUCUGUCUGUGUAGAUAGAGGACCAUGUUAUCAUGUAUCUGUCUGUGUAGAUAGAGGACCAUGUUAUCAUGUAUCUGUCUGUAGAUAGAGGACCAUGUUAUCAUGUACCUGUCUGUGUAGAUAGAGGACCAUGUUAUCAUGUAUCUGUCUGUGUAGAUAGAGGACCAUGUUAUCAUGUAUCUGUCUGUGUAGAUAGAGGACCAUGUUAUCAUGUACCUGUCUGUGUAGAUAGAGGACCAUGUUAUCAUGUACCUGUCUGUAGAUAGAGGACCAUGUUAUCAUGUAUCUGUCUGUGUAGAUAGAGGACCAUGUUAUCAUGUAUCUGUCUGUGUAGAUAGAGGACCAUGUUAUCAUGUAUCUGCUUGUGUAGAUAGAGGACCAUGUUAUCAUGUAUCUGUCUGUGUAGAUAGAGGACCAUGUUAUCAUGUAUCUGUCUGUAGAUAGAGGACCAUGUUAUCAUGUAUCUGUCUGUGUAGAUAGAGGACCAUGUUAUCAUGUAUCUGUCUGUGUAGAUAGAGGACCAUGUUAUCAUGUAUCUGUCUGUGUAGAUAGAGGACCAUGUUAUCAUGUAUCUGUCUGUGUAGAUAGAGGACCAUGUUAUCAUGUAUCUGUCUGUGUAUAUAGAGAAAAAAACUAUGCUGAAGAAAAGUUGUGAAUGUGUAAAAAAAAAAAAA